CCUUGUGAUAGUAGCGCUGCUGCAGAAGUGGAAUAUUGUCUCCGGUAGUUCAACCAGUUUCGAAACACCGCAUUCCUGACAAGGAAUACACUCUACAUUUCCAUCGGAAGAGACGUCCCAGAACGCUCCCAAAUGGACGAGGCCAAAAUAAUCUGUACCCGGUAGAAAGGACUGGAUUUAAAGACAAGAUCAUUGUAUUGUUUUUUUUUUUUUUAAGGAAGCACGGUGCGGAACCAAACGCCGAGCAGCCGCUACUCAUGUGCUCUGUCAGCUGCAGCCAACUUUGUACUUUUUCACCGCCCUGUAAUGUUCUGCAACUUUUUCCACGAGCGCAAGAACACUGCGAUAGCCUGUUCUGGACCUGACGCGAAACAACGCUCCUGCGAUUGACAACCUUUUUUUGAAGGGUGCAUUUAUUUUUUUCAAAAACUGGAGCGGAGCUGUGCAUGUCCGUCACGUGCUUUUCAAUUGCGCACGCCGUUAAACAGUGUGUGUGAUAUUAAAGGUAGUCAAGGGUGGGACAUUCACUUUGUCCGGUGGUCGUCCAUUGCCGGCUGGUUGGUUGGUCAGUCGCGGUCCGGCUGCGGGACAAUGGGCUCCUCCUCGUGGGACAGCCGGCUGUGGUUGCUCCUGAGACGGACUCUCGUGCUGCUGUGGCUUUGCGCGCUCGGGACGCUCGAGGCAGAGGAUGGCUCGUUUAACGGAGAGUCAUGGCUGAGGAUGUACGGCUACUUGCCCCAGGCACACAGGCAGAUGUCCACCAUGCGCUCUGCCCAGAUCCUUACUGGAGCCAUCGGGGACAUGCAGAGAUUCUACAGCCUGGAGGUCACUGGACAGAUGGACCAGCAGACGCUCAGAGCCAUGAAGCGACCUCGCUGCGGAGUUCCUGACAAGUUCGGAGGGCAGAUAAAAACCAACGUGCGACGCAAACGCUACGCACUCACCGGACACAAAUGGAGCAAGACUCACCUAACAUACAGCAUCCAGAACUACACCCCUAAGAUCGGAGAGUACAACUCGUACGAGGCAAUCCGCCGGGCCUUCAAGGUGUGGCAGACGGUGACCCCCUUGACCUUCGACGAAAUCUCCUACCAGGAGAUCAAAUAUGGCCGCCGCAAGGAGCCCGACAUCAUGAUCUUCUUCGCCUCGGGUUUCCACGGCGACAGUUCGCCGUUCGACGGAGAGGGGGGCUUCCUGGCCCACGCCUACUUCCCCGGGCCCGGCAUGGGGGGGGACACGCACUUUGACUCGGACGAGCCCUGGACCAUCGGAGACCAGAACCUGCAGGGUAACGACCUGUUCCUGGUGGCAGUCCACGAGCUGGGCCACGCCCUGGGCCUGGAACACUCCAACAACCCCCUGGCCAUCAUGGCUCCCUUCUACCAGUGGAUGGAGACGGACAACUUCCAGCUGCCUGAGGACGACCUCCGGGGAAUCCAGCAGAUCUACGGUCUGCCAAACAGCGCACCCACCAAGGCCCUGCCCGACGUCAUCCCCCGCCGCCCCGAUCCGCGUCCACCACAGUCCCCCCCGCAGGCGCCUCCCAGACAGCCGGAACGCCCCAGGACCACGGAAAGACCGGACCACUACGGACCCAAUAUCUGCGACGGGAAUUUCGAUGUGGUCACCAUGCUCAGAGGGGAGAUGUUCGUGUUUAAGGGUCGUUGGUUCUGGCGGGUGCGGAGGAACCGGGUCCUGGACAACUACCCGAUGCCCAUCAGCCACUUCUGGAGGGGUCUGCCCGGGGACAUCGACGCGGCCUACGAGAGGCACGACGGGAAGUUUGUCUUCUUUAAAGGGAACAGGUACUGGCUCUUCAGGGAGGCUAACCUGGAGCCCGGCUACCCACUUGAGCUGACCGAUUACGGCCGAGACAUCCCGUACGACCGCAUCGACGCGGCCAUCUGGUGGGAGCCCUCCGGCUACACCUACUUCUUCCAGGGAGACCGGUACUGGCGUUUUAACGAGCAGUCGCGUGCGGCCGACAGGGACUACCCGAAGCCUCAGUGUGUGGACACCUCAGUGCCCUCAUCUCCCAAGGGUGCCUUCCUCAACGAUGAUGGAGCCUACACCUACUUCUACAAGGGCUCCAGGUACUGGAAGUUUGACAACCACCGCAUGAAGAGCGAGCCGGGCUACCCCAAGUCCAUCCUGCGGGACUUCAUGGGCUGCAGCGUGGACCCCGUGGAGCCGGACCGCGACACCGACGCCGACCGCCGGUACCCCGACGUCAACCAGCCCCCCUUCAACCCCGACGUGGGCCGCGGCGGGGACGGAGACGACGGCGGGAAGGACGGCGGGAAAGACGGCGGGACGAAGGACGCCGACGGCGGCGGCGGCGGCGGCGGCGGCGGCGGCGGUGGCGGCGGCGGCGGCGGCGGCGGCGGCGACGACGACAAGCGUGAGGGUCGCGAGGAGAACACCAACGAGGUGGACGUGGUGCUGAAGGUGAACGACAGCGAGGAGCGCACCAUGAACAUCCUGAUGAUCACCAUUCCCCUCUUCCUGGUGCUGUGCAUCUUGGGGUUGAUCUACGCCAUCAUCAGCACGCUGCAGAGGAAGGGCGCGCCGCGACUGCUGGUGCACUGCAAGCGCUCGCUGCAAGACUGGGUUUGACCCCCACUGAACCCGUCCCGUCCCCGACCUUUGAACUUUAGUCGUAGCUUUGGAGGGAGCUUCGACGCCGGCCCCCUCACACUCAAACCCUCGGCCCCCCCCCCCCACCCCUACUGGCGAGCCUUCUAGUGAUGCGUCGGCGUGUCUGACUCAGAGUGCUCCGUGAGUCUGUGUGCAAUCAAUGCAAGAGAGUGAGUUACACGCACGCAUACAUCACACACACAUACACACACCGACACACACCACACACAAACAAAACGCAAAUUGAGAUGUACGCAAAAAGUCGUACAUAAACGACAUAAAACCCACGAAAACACCUGGGACAGGAAUUGUUUUCAUACUUAUACUAACAUCCACACACGCAAGGCACACACACACACACACACACACACACACACACACACACACACACACACACACACACACCACAUCCACAUCCCUUCCAACCAUCCCCUCUGGUGCGCUGCGUCCACGGUAGUCUAUUUAUAUGAGAGAAGUUUGCACAUUCUUUUCAUCUUGUUUUUGUUUUG